AUGCAGUCUCUUCCUGAAGACACGUUCAGUUCGUAUUGGAGUUAUUUACUCUAUGAAUUGGCCCAUUAUAAACCAACACUGAUUUUGUUUCUGAUAGUUGUGAGUUUACUUUCAUUGAUUGUAUUGUAUCGUAAUAAUGAAGUUUGUGUUGGAGUAUCUGUAGUUUUGAUUCUUCUUUGUUUUUGCUCCUCAGGCGUUAUUAUAGGUGAGGGCUUUGAAAAACCGAUCACGCAUGAAGAUUUCGAAACUAACCUUUCUGUAGAGGUAAUCGUGCGAAAGCCAGCUGGGAAAGAAUGGGGGACUGUUGCAUAUAACAUGAACCAAUACCUAUUCAAUGAAAGACUAUGGAAUACUCCAUACUAUUUCUACUCUGGUCGGGAAUGCCGUGAUUUCUUCAGAACCAUAACCAAGAAUGUUCCAAAAAAUACAGGCCCAAUCUUGAAGGAGUAUAUGUCGAAAGCAGUGCAAAUAGAGAAAGAAGCUCAACGUGAGUACUGGAGAAAGCAGUAUCCAAAGGCUGAUUUACUUUGA